AUGGGUAAAGAAAAGGUUCACAUCAGCAUUGUGGUCAUUGGCCAUGUUGAUUCUGGCAAGUCAACCACCACCGGUCAUCUCAUCUACAAGCUAGGAGGUAUUGAUAAGCGUGUGAUUGAGAGGUUUGAGAAAGAAGCUGCUGAGAUGAACAAGCGUUCAUUCAAGUAUGCCUGGGUGCUGGACAAGCUCAAGGCUGAGCGUGAGCGUGGUAUUACCAUUGACAUUGCAUUGUGGAAGUUUGAGACUACCAAGUACUAUUGCACAGUCAUCGAUGCUCCUGGACACCGUGAUUUCAUCAAGAAUAUGAUCACUGGAACUUCCCAAGCAGAUUGUGCUGUCCUUAUUAUUGACUCCACCACUGGAGGUUUUGAAGCUGGCAUCUCCAAGGAUGGCCAGACCCGUGAGCACGCCCUGCUUGCUUUUACCCUUGGUGUGAAGCAGAUGAUUUGUUGCUGCAACAAGAUGGAUGCCACUACCCCCAAGUACUCCAAGGCAAGGUAUGAUGAAAUCGUGAAGGAAGUCUCAUCCUAUCUGAAGAAGGUGGGAUACAACCCUGACAAAAUCCCAUUUGUUCCCAUCUCUGGAUUUGAAGGGGACAAUAUGAUUGAGAGAUCCACCAACCUCGACUGGUACAAGGGCCCCACCCUUCUUGAGGCCCUUGACAUGAUUCAAGAGCCCAAGAGACCCUCAGACAAGCCCCUUCGCCUUCCACUUCAGGAUGUUUACAAGAUUGGAGGUAUUGGAACUGUCCCCGUGGGACGUGUUGAGACGGGUAUCAUAAAGCCUGGAAUGGUUGUAACAUUUGGCCCAACUGGCCUGACUACUGAAGUUAAGUCUGUGGAGAUGCACCACGAGGCUCUCCAGGAGGCUCUUCCUGGUGACAAUGUUGGAUUUAAUGUGAAGAAUGUUGCUGUUAAGGAUCUCAAGCGUGGGUUUGUUGCAUCAAAUUCUAAGGAUGAUCCUGCCAAGGAGGCUGCUAACUUCACAUCACAAGUUAUCAUCAUGAACCACCCUGGUCAGAUUGGCAAUGGUUAUGCCCCAGUUCUUGAUUGCCACACUUCCCACAUUGCAGUCAAGUUUUCUGAAAUUCUUACCAAGAUUGACAGGCGAUCUGGUAAGGAGCUUGAGAAGGAGCCCAAGUUUUUGAAGAAUGGUGAUGCCGGGUUCGUUAAGAUGAUUCCCACUAAGCCCAUGGUGGUGGAGACUUUCUCCGAGUAUCCCCCACUUGGGCGUUUUGCCGUCAGGGACAUGAGGCAGACCGUGGCUGUGGGAGUCAUCAAGAGCGUGGACAAGAAGGAACCUUCGGGAGCCAAGGUCACAAAAGCUGCUGCCAAGAAGGGUGCCAAGUGAACCGUGCAGGUACAGCCUUCAAUCGAAGGCUGUUGUUAUUGUCAUGCUAAAGACUUGGGUUUUAAUGGUGUUAGUUUUAAGUUUUCACCUUUUUCGGGCUCCUGGUCCCAGAACUGGGUGCUUGAUCGUCGGUGGUGAGUCUUCAGUCUGUGGUUGUCUAUUGCUCUUCUAUUGAAACAUUUAAACUGGAUUGUUAUGUUCUUAAUUUUCAUUAGUGUGGGAGUUUUAGUUCUCUGCUGUGUUGUUACCCCAGAGGCACAGAAAGGUGAUGAAACCUUUUGUGCUGGAACAGAUAAUGUGGCUUACAAUAUUUGCAUUGCUCUCUGGACAGAAGGGGCUGUUAAUUGGGAUAAUCAACCAAACACUGACUAACACCCCCUUCGAAUCAAUCCUCUCAAG